UUUAUUUGUUAGAUGUUGGACCUUUUGGAUAAAUUCUGUCACAACAUGUUCUGUUGUAUUACCCAUGUCUUUGAGAGACUUCCUCCUAUCAUUAACCAUUUGACAGGUGAUGACUGAGCCUUUAGAGAAUUCCAGUCCCUCAUGCCAAGUAGAGCUCCAGUUGGUUGUCUCUAUUUUUUUUUUAAUUUUUUUAAUAUUUAGUUAUCAGUGGACACAACAUCUUUGUUUGUAUGUGGUGCUGAGGAUCAAACCCGGGCCACACGCAUGCCGGGCGAGCGCGCUACCGCUUGAGCCACAUCCCCAGCCCUGGUUGUCUCUAUUGAACCUUGCCCCAAAUGCAGAUUUUUAGAGCAAAAGAAAUGUUGUUAUUAUCUUAAGCCACCAUGUUCUAGAGUAAUGUUUAUGUUGAACUUUUUUUUUGCAGGGGGCGGGGGUUCCCAAAACCCCAGGGGUGCCUAACCACUGAGCCACAUCCCCAAUCCUUUCUAUUUUUUACUUUGAAGCAGGGUCUUGCUAAGUUGCUUAGGGCCUUGCUAAGUUGCUGAGGCUGACCUCAAACUUUGUAUCCUCCUUCCUCAGUCUCCCAAGGCGCGUGUUACAGGUUUGGGCACUGAGCUUGGCUAAUGUCAUCAAAGCUUUCUUUUUGGCAAUUAUGUGUUUAAAAAAUGUUGAACUUUAAUUUCUAUGUGGUGGAAUGCACAGAGCCUCCAUGUACAGUUUGAACAAUACUCACAAACGCAUGUGCUUGUUACCCAUGUCCUCUGAAAACCUUGUGAAAGAAAAUGUGGUAGACCCAGGUGAGAACAGUGCAGCAUUAGACGAUGAGUUGAAAAGAAACUGGCAGGAUCUCUUUUACAUUUGGGUAUAAUCUGAAUACGACGGGAAACCAUUGUACUUUAUUUUAGAAUAAACCCUUUAUUUUAGAAUGAUUUUACUUCACACAAAGUUGUGAAGAUAGUACAGAGAAUUCCCAUAGUAGUCCUCUGACGUAACCCUUUUGUUACUAUGUUACAUUAGUAUGGUCAUUUACCACAACUACUGAACCAGUGUUGGUACAUUACUAACCAAACUGUAUACUUUGUUUAGAUUUCUUUAUUUCUUUUUGGUGGGUUGGGGUGGGGCUGCUGGGAAUUGAACCCCGGGCCUUGUGCUUGCUAAAUAAGGACUCUACCACUGAACCACAUUUCCAGCUCCUUUUAAAAAAAAUUUAUUCUGGGACGUUUUUUGCCAAGUUGCCUGGGCUGUUGGUGGACUUGUGCUGCUCUGUCCUGAGCCUGCUGAGUGACGGGAUCACAGGUGUGCACCCCUGCACCUGGCUGGGUGGUUCAUUGGGAUUGGGGCUUCAGCAGAGAGCUUUGGGGAACACAGACCCUUAGCCUGUAACAGGAUCCUUUUUGUGUUCCAGGAUCCUUUGCUGUUGCCAUUGCAUUGAGUCUUCUUGUCUCCUUAGGUUCCUCUAGAUGGUGACAGUUCCUUAGGCUUUCUCUGUGACAGUUUUGAGGGAUGUUGCCGAAUGUCCCUCACGCUGGGUUUGUCUGAGGUUUUUCUACAGUUUGGGCAUGUGUUUGGGGUUGUAUUAAACUGCAGUAGAAAUAUUGUGUAGGCCAUUGAAGACUGAAUCUGACCUCAGGGUAUGUGGCAGGGCUCAAGAUUCAAUUUGGGGGUUACACAUUGUAUCUUUAAAUAAUUCCAUUGUGCUUUCAGGCUACGGAUUUGGUUUGGUAGAAUAAAGUGCCCAGGCAUAAUUUGGUCAGAGUGAUGAAAAAGACUGACAUCACACAAAUGUUAAUAAACACGAUGAGAAACAAUAUAGAUAACCUUUUAAUCAGCAUUGGUGGCCUCUCUGUAUGAUUUUGAGUCCCGGCUAGUAUAGCAAGUUGAGCAGUGGACAAUUUAGUUUGAUUUAGAUACUUCAAAACUACUGGGAAAGAGGCAGUGUCCGUUUCUUCCCCAAGGAGCAGUGUGUGUCUGGCCUUGGGGACAGCCGCGUACCAGUGCCUCUUGUCUCCUUCUUUCCAGAGGGUAAUCAGUCAGGAGCAGGGGCUUCCCUAGAUGCGGGUGGUGACGGCUCUAGCUUUCAUGCUUGUCCAGGUGGAAGCCAGUCUUGGCGCCUCUGCCUGUGUCCUUCUACUUUGCCUUCUCCCUUGUCCCCUGGGGAGGGCUGGCUUUCUGUCUUGAAGUCUCUCAUUGUGAUGAUGAAGAUGGGGAGACUAUAACAUUUAUAUUAUUUGGCUACAUAAUAGGACUUUAACAUAUAUGGCAGUUUUGAAAAAUGAUAUUAUGUUUGACCAUAACCAUUGAGAACUUAAAUUUUAAAUUGCUACAUAGAAGCAGACCUAUUAACUUUAUUUAUUUUUUAUUUUUUUAAAUAUUUAUUUAUUUAUUUUUUAGUUUUCGGCGAACACAACAUCUUUGUAUGUGGUGCUGAAGAUCGAACCCGGGCCGCAUGCAUGCCAGGCGAGCAUGCUACUGCUUGAGACACAUCCCCAGCCCUUAUUUUUAGAAAAUAAAAUUUUAAGUUAAUAUUAUUAGAGGAAUUUAUGGGUCUUUCCUUUUCUUUCCCCCCAAACUCUAUUUAUUUUUAGAGAGUUUGUACUGGCCCAUCAUCCCUUUUCUGGGGAGUUGAUUUUAAGAAAGUUUUGCAGUGGCUGGGGCUGUGGCUCAGCGGUAGCGUACUUGCCUGGCAUGUGUGAGGCACUGGAUUUGAUUGUCAGCACUGUGUAUACAUAAAUAAAAUAAAGGUCUAUCAACUACACACACACACACAUAUAUAUAUUCAAUUUUGCAGAAUAUCUACAAGCAUUGUGUACAUAGAGGGUGAUGAAAAAACUGUGCCCGUCUCUCUGGCUUAGGAAAACCUCUUCCGACUUUGUGUGCCCCUUCUAGACCCUUGUUCCAGAGAGGAGCAGCUUGGAGAUAGGGUCAACUUUGUAGUGUGCCAACUCUUUGCCUUGUUAGCAGCCAUUUGGUUUCGAACUUAUCUACAUUCAAGCAAAACUAGCUCUUUUAUAAGACAUAUAGUUGCUACCCUUUUGGGCCUUUAUCUUGCACUUUUUUGCUUUGGAUGGUAUGCCUUACAUUUUCUUGUGCAAAGUGGGAUUUCCUACUGCAUCAUGAUCAUAAUAGGAGUGGAGAGCAUGCACAAUGCUGGGGAUGGAACCCAGGGCCUUGUGCGUGCUAGGCAGGCACUCUACCACUGAGCCACAUCCCCACCUGCAGGAUAACAACUUUUUAAAGAUCACACAGGCAAAACAAAAAGAUACUGUUUUGUGUUUGCUUUGGGAUACCUCACAGUGUGCCAAAUCACUAGAGUCUAUAUCUUUGAUUAUGGACAAUAUUCUGCUGAUUUUUCAGGCCCGAUGAUGAUCAUCACUCAGAAGAUCACCAGUUUGGCUUAUGAAAUUCAUGAUGGGAUGGUUCGAAAGGAUGAAGAACUGACUCCAUCACAGAGGGGCUUGGCUGUAAGGCGCAUGCCAAGCCUCCUGGAGUAUGUAAGUUACAACUGUAACUUCAUGGGCAUCCUGGCGGGCCCACUCUGCUCUUACAAAGACUACAUUACUUUCAUUGAAGGCAGGUCGUACCACAUGACACAGUCAGGUGAAAACGGAAAAGAAGAGGUGCAGUAUGAGAGAACAGAGCCAUCUCCAAACGAAUCCGUGGUUCAGAAACUCCUGGUGUGUGGGCUCUCCUUGUUCGUUCACUUGACCAUCUCCAACAUGUUGCCUGUGGAGUACAACAUUGACGAGCGCUUUCAAGCCACAGCUUCAUGGCCAACCAAGAUUACCUAUCUGUACAUGUCUCUACUGGCUGCCAGACCUAAAUACUAUUUUGCAUGGACCUUAGCUGAUGCUAUUAACAAUGCUGCAGGCUUUGGUUUCAGAGGAUAUGACAGAAAUGGAGCAGCUCAUUGGGACUUGAUUUCCAAUUUGAGAAUUCAGCAAAUAGAGAUGUCAACAAGUUUCAAGAUGUUUCUUGAUAAUUGGAAUAUCCAGACAGCUCUUUGGCUCAAAAGGGUGUGUUAUGAACGGGCCUCCAUCAGUCCAACCAUCCAGACUUUCUUUCUCUCUGCCAUUUGGCAUGGGGUAUACCCAGGAUACUAUCUGACCUUUUUAACAGGGGUAUUGAUGACAUUAGCAGCACGAGCUAUGAGAAACAACUUUAGACAUUAUUUCCUCAAAACUCCCCAACUUAAAUUAUUUUAUGACAUCAUAACAUGGGCAGUAACUCAAAUAGCAAUAAGUUAUACAGUUGUGCCAUUUGUGCUUCUUUCUAUAAAACCAUCAUUCACGUUUUACAGCUCCUGGUAUUACUGCCUUCACGUCUGUAGUAUCUUAGUAUUAUGGUUGUUGCCAGUGAAAAAGACUCAAAGAGGAAAGAAUAUACAUGAAAACCAUCAGCUCUCACAGUCCAGAAAGGUUGACGAAAGAGAAAAUUCUUUGGCAGAGGACAGUUUCUCCACAAGAAACAGCAUUUGCAAUCAGAACCAAGAAAAAGCCUCUAGACCAUCUUCAUCAAGGCAGUGAUGGGGAGGCCUUCCUGCUGACUGCCUUUCUUGUGUUGACAGAAACCAGUCUUAGCACCUUCGCAAGGGGUUUGUGUUUGUUUGAAAAGAGAUUAACGGGGGAAAUGGGACAGCUAUAGGUAGGGAAUUUCCUGUAAACCAGAUUGGAAACGGAAAGAAGCAGCCCUCCCAUGCCAUGUCCCUGUGGGCCACGCCUUACAUAAAAAUAUUUUCAUAUUUCAUGGGGCAUUCCAACCUCAGCAUAUGUCCACAAGGUCAUAUGUGUGCCCUGUUGCCGAAUGUAUGUUGUGUACCCCAAGGCACUGCAGAGGUGGAAAACUUAUCGUGUCCGACUGAAUGAUUGAGGGGGUUAACUUUUCCAAAUGAAUGUCUUGCCUUAAACCCUCUAUUUCCUAAAAUAUUGUUCCUAAAUGGUAUUUUCAAGUGUAAUAGUAUGAGAAGAUUAUUUCAAUAUUUGAUGUUGUAUAAUGUGAAGGAAUUUGAAACAGGAUAUUUAAGAUGGUAGAUACUUUAAAAAUGCAAUAAACAUCUCAGUAUUUGAAGGGUUUUCUUAAAGUAUCUCAAAUGACUACAGUGCAUAGUGAAACUGUAAGCAGUAAUGGAUGCCAAAUUAUAGGUAGCUUAUUUUGCUGGAGAGCUUAAUUACCUUGUGUUAGUCAGAGAGUCCUUCCAGGAGGAACUUCUUAAACAUAAUUAAAGGUUGGUAAUGUGAUAUUUUAAGCUUAUUUUCUUAAAAAAGAGAAAAUGAGGCAGGAAGGUAGGAAUGAAGAAAGCUCUGUGAGACUUGGAGCUAGAAACAGUUCCCCCUUUCUGCAUGGGGUUCUGUGUAACUGUCUAAGACAUAAAAGUUUAAAAACUGGGUAAUACUUUGGACUUUCAAGUGAAAUUGAUCAAGCAUAAAUUAUAUAGAAUUAGAAGAGAUAAUGAGAGUAACAGUGAUAGACUGCUUUUUUUGAAAGAAGUCUCUAGUAAUUAGGGUUCUGUCUGGCUAAUCAAUUUCCUAUCCUUGUCACUUUAAUUCCUAUGUGGAAAAGUUUUAGGAAAUCAAAAAGACAUAGCGACUGAAUGACGUUUUUGAGAUUAGUUUCCAGAUGCUUUUAAAUUUCUCACAUUAAAAUUUUGUUGUUAACUCCUGCUAAAAUGAGUUUUAGAUUCUGUAAGAAGAAAACUGUGAUUCCUUCUUAUGGGCCAUUUCUACCAUGAAUAAUCUUGCCUUGAAUUCCUGGGCAUCUCCUUUAGCCUGCAGAGUAUUGUGCUGACUGCAGUAGCAAGAGCAGGAGCUGGAACUGGAGGCCAGGUGUUACAGCUGGGCCCAGCCACAGAUGGUCUGUCACCCUGUGGCAGGGAAAGCAGAUGAGGCCUUCCAACCUCACCGUUGCUUGACCAAUCUUUGGUGGAACUUUUCUUUUUGCCUUAAAUUUUUAUGAAAUGAAAUUAUAUGUCUAUGAUGAGUCUCUUUUUCUGAUCACUAAUAAACUUAUAAAUGAAGUAAAGACAAAACAAAAAUCUGACAUAAGCUCUGUAGUAUUUCAUGUAAAGAAAUGCAAAGUCAAUGCACUUGGAACUUCUGUGGUCUCAAAAAGUCAGUGUAUUGUCUUAGAACUUUUAGAAACACACUUGCUUUUCUAAAGGCUUAUGUUUUUCUCUCUGAUGAGGCAAACCCCACUUCUUCCUCCCAGGCCAGGGUAGAUAGCUAAGUAACUUUUGUCUGUUUUCCCCGGCAUUGAAAUUAAGCUAGCUGCAUAAUGUGAGGUUAAAAAGGAAUGUUCAUGGAAAGUGUCUCCUCUUAAAACAUCUUCUCAGUUUAAUCAGUGCUGCAGAGAAUCUGCUCACUGUUAAGAGAAAGUAAACAAAUGUAGAGUAACCAGAAAGCUCUGCAAAAACUUUUGUGUUUUUUGUUUUCUUGGUUCUCUCUAUCCAGCUACUUACAGAGAGUCACCAUUUAUUUCUGUUGCCCGAGUAUAUUUCAUCUCUCAGCCCACAUCAUGCCCCCUGCUUUUUGCUGACUGAACAUCUAACUACAGCUCUGUCUGCAAAGAGCAAAGUGUUGGGCUGGCUCCUGGAUUCCCACCAGGAUGGCGCUGAGCCGUCCUGGUGGUAAUUUUUACCCCCCUGAAUCUACUAGUGCUUUUUAUGAAAUGUUUUUUGAAUACCUCUCAUCUGAUUUGGAGAAAUAAUCACAAAUAUGCAAUCUAAAAGAAAAACUAGGAUUCUAAUUCUCACCUUGAUUUUUCUCCAAGAAAAAAAAAAGUUUUACAAAAUGAAUAUUCUCUUUGGAGUGAUGUGAAGAUUAAUUUUUUGUUUCUACCUAUGGUAGAAGAAUUAAAAUCUAGCAUAUCUCUUCUGCUGUCAAGUAUAAAGGGAUUCAUUGUGAUGUGUGCUUGCUUUUUUUUUUCCUUCAGCAGCAGAAUAGGAUUCAGUGUGUAUUUAUAUUAUUUUCCCACUCUUCAGAUAUCAUGAAACCACACUAGAGAUGAUCAAUCAACAUCAUAUUUAUACUUCUGGUUAAUUACAUACUACUCAGGGAAAAAAAUUGAACAAAAAUAAUUAUUCUUCCCUCAAUUUCAUUUUCUUGAAACAAUAAUAGUUACUUUGGCGUGUCUCAACUGUCAUCAUUUUAUAAGUGGCUCAUUCUGUUUUUAAAAUUAGCAUUUUUGCUGGAACUCAGGGUAAUAGGGGAUGUUUAUUUAGCUUCUGAAAUAUCCAGAGUAAUAGACAAGAUUUAUUUGGCUUCAAAAAUGUCCAGCUACCACUUCUCGUAUCAGCCUCCACCUUCCACUUGUUUAACAUGUUGCCAUUGGUCCCCACCAUGUUGACACUCACACAGGGACUUACAUACACACCGCUUUUGAGAAACGUUGGCAGUGAAAGGUGGUUUCUGGAGGUAAGGGGAGCUCCUCCUGUGAGCACUGCCUGAACUGGAGGAGGAACUGGAAACUCUGGCUCUGCCUGUUGAGUGCCUGUUCUCUAGCGCUCAUGCUCCCUUCCCUUGCAAGGGAGAGGAAUGAGGACCCGGAAGGGGAGCCAAGUGCAAGGGCAUGGGCAGAUUCACAAGGAGAACUAUUGUGGUUGCUAAUUUUCAUUACUGACACUCAAAGCCAUGACUUUUUUAAAGGUUGUCAUAGCAACAAAGUAUUUGUGAGUGUGUAUGUGUGUGUGGUACUGGGAAUUGAACCCAGGGAUGCUCUACCACACCCUCCAACUGUUUUAUUUUUGUUUUUAGGCAGGGACUCACUAGUUUACUGAGGCUGGCCUUGAACUUCUGAUUCUUCUGUCUCAGCCUCUUGAAUCAGUGGGAUCAUAAGUGUGCACCACUGCACCUGGCCAGAAGAAAACCUUUUUAGUUGUUGUUUGAUUGUUUUAGUUGUGGUUUGGAUCUUUUAAAUUUUAUUUUGUUUUGUCUUUGGUACUGGGGGUUGGACCCAGGAGCACUUUACCACUGAACUACAUCCCUAGCCCUCCUUUUGAUCCUCCUGCCUCAGCCUCCUCAGUCACUGGGAUUAUAGGAGUGUGCCACCUUGCCCGGCUCAGAGGGCAAACAAUCCAUUAGAUCAGAAGGUGUGGCAAUAUACUAUUUCUACUGAACAUAGCCCUUAAAAAUGACUUUCAUAGUGAAAUGGUCUCUACUGAAGAAAACAUUUAUUUUUUAUUUUUGGUUCUGGGGAUUGAACCCAGUCCUUUGCUGAGACUGGCCUUGAAUUUGUGAUCCGCCUUUACCACUUUAUUUUAAACUACAGAAAAUAAUUAAAAUUUUUGCCAUUAAAAUGAUUUUAUAUAAGUCAUUCUUUAUUUGUUGACUUUAGGACAAACAUUUCCUGUUUAAAAUUCAUACCUUUUAAAUAUUUAAUUUGGAUAUUCUUGAACAAAUUGGACAUUUAUACUUUUUGUUUCCAAAUUCAUAAUUAUUGGAUAAUUGGUUUUAUGAGUUCUACAUAAGAUUGAAAAAAAUUACUUGAGAGAAUGAUUAUCUCAAAAUGGUACCUGUAUUGCUGUCAGCUAAGGAUUUGUCCAAGCUUCUAAAUAUCGGUCAGUAUUUUGAGGGUUAGUCAGACAUUAAUAGUCCAUUCUGCUGAAAUUUAAUAAAUCAAAUUUAACAUAGGUGCAGGAUUCUGAAUAACACUGUGAAUGCAAUCUUAACUACCCUCAAGGCCCUUACACACCUGUUGCACUUGACCCAGAGGCACCCAAUGAGUGGUUGAUCAUCAUGCUCUUUCUUUGGAUGCUAAAUUUCUGCUAAUAAAAGUGGGUUUGUACCACUGUGGUUGAAUGAACAGAUUGCAUUAAAAAAAAAAUAAAUCCACACUGAAAUUUGAGUUUGAAGGACUAGAAUGUAAAGGGUCUCUGCAGUGUUUUUCUGCAACACCAUGUAGUCAAUUCUAUUUAUAGUAAUUCUCCUUACAGAAGAAAAUUUAAAAUGAAAUUUUCAACAUUGAUAUUUUGUAGGAAUGCACUUCUAAUCAGUGAUUAAGCUGCUUUUUGAGGCUCUUGUUGUACAGAGGAUGCAGCCACUUGCAUUUUAAUUGAUAGGCUGCUUAAUAAUAUUUUAUAUGUUUUAAAAUAAUAUUUAUUUUAAUAGGUUUUUAACAUAAAGUUAAACCCCAGUAAAGAACUGACAAGCUUCAGGUCAUUGAUUGGGAAAAUUUUGUGAACCAAAAGUAAAGACACAUUUUUAUGCCAACUAAAUUGUCUUGCCUUUAAAACUGAUUAUAACUCUUCUUUUAGUAUGACUUUUAUAAAGAAAAAAGAAAAACAAACCCAAGACUCUGUGUUCUAUAAAUAGUAUAAAGAUCCAUGUAAAACUGCUGUCUGACACUUACCAGUGAUACACAGCCAUCUCUCCAGCCAUGUUUUAUCAAAUUUUGCAACUAUAAAAAGAAACAAAAAUAUAAUGAAAAACGGAAAGUUACAGAGCAACAUAAGCAAAAUGACUAACCAAUUUUUAAUAGCAUGUUUGAAGUGGAAAAAGUGUAUGCUGUUUACUGUUUCCAGCUAUAGUUUGGAUUUUCUUUGAGAAGUUGAUUUGUUAAUAUUCCUUUCCGUCCCUUCCCAGGAAAGGACAAACUUAAGUACUGAGGCAUUUUAAAUAUGCUUCUUUCCCAAUUUAAGUAUUUUUAGUUGGAUUUGUCAAUGAAGUACAUUUGCUACUGACUUUUUAUCGCAAGGAAAAAAGUGUUGAACACUAUGUUCUUGUCCGUCUUCUGUCAUCUUUACGGGAUUGCCUCUCAAACCAGAAGGGGCAUAAUAUAAGGCAGAGGGAAGGAGGUAAAAAUACUUGAGGUAAAGCAAGGGGUUGUGUCCCAUGCAGGGAGGUGUGUGAUUCAUCCCGCCCUCCCUUCAGAGCGCGUCUGGACCUCUGCCUGGAAGUUGCUGAGUCUCUGUUACUGGACGGUGAGGGGAGUGUGGCUGCAGCAGCCACGGUCAGCAGUGUUCUCUCCCCUCCCCAGGCAAGAAUGCCAUGUGGUGUUCUGUGCUGCUUGUUUUUAUUAUUCUAAAAUAUUUUUUUAAAGAAGUGUUAUUUUUCAACAGAUCCAUAAGUCAGUUCUUGUUGUACAGUGAGUUGCAACCACCACUGUCAGUUCAAUGUGGUGUCUUGAGUUUUUACCACUUGUUCCUGACCUGUGUCCCCAGAGCUCUUCUGGUGGCUUACUGCUGGGUUUGAAGGUGUGUUGAAUGUACAUGUUUUCUUUUUCUAAUUUGUGUGUCUUUGAAACUGAUUAAACAGUAGUUUAAAAGAAA